AUGAGAAGUCCAAUGAAUGAAAUAAUUGCACAACAGGGGAACCCAGUUCCACAAAUGACUUUUCAAAAUAGUUUACCUAAUCCAAACCAAAGCCAUUGUUCCAAUGAUGCAUCAAGUGAUCAAAGUACCUUAAAAUUAACAGGAAGUGAAAGUCCACAAUCAAGCCCUAAACAUUCUCCAAAGCAAGUUCAUAAAAAAGAAUCUAAAAUCAAUAAUUUAACAAGAGAUCCAUCACCAUUACAACCGGACAAAGUCGAAUCAGAGCAGCAAGAUGCAGCUAGUCGUUCAUCAGAUUCAUUGCAACCGAUCGAAUUAAACAGAAGCAUUAGCCAUGAUAGCAAUAAUAAAGAUAGAAAAGAAUCUCGAGGCUCAGAUAGAUCUAAAAAGAAAUCAUCAUGGUACAAUGUAUUUUAUUCCACUUAUAAAUCAAGAAGUGAACAACUAAAAAGAUAUUUUAAAGACCUACCCAGUGAUGAAAGAUUAAUAGGAGAUUACUCAUGUGCACUACAGAGAGAAAUUUUAGUUCAGGGUCGUUUGUACGUAACACAAAAUUACCUAUGUUUCUAUGCGAAUAUAUUUCGUUGGGAAAAAUGUAUAUGUAUAAAAUGGAAAGAUGUGUCUGCAGUUGUCAAGGGGAAAACGGCAAAAGUUAUACCGAAUGCAAUACUUAUAAGCACAGAAUCGGAAAAACUUUUUUUCACAACUUUCACAACGAGGGAUAAAGCAUUUAUGAUGCUGUUUAGAGUGUGGCAAAAUGCUCUCAUGGAUCAAACUAUGUCUUCACAAGAAGUAUGGCAGUGGGUACACACUGCUUACGGUGACGAAUUGGGACUGACCUCAGAAGAUGAAGAUUAUAAUUACAUUCCACCAGCGACAAAUUUCGAUGAUAAGAUUUAUCCAAUAGAAAGAUUGUCUGCAGAUUCAUUAUCUGAGGCAUUUUUGGCAAAUGGGACUUCAUCACCUUUGCAAAUGGGAGUCGAUACAAUGCCAACGGAUAUGAGUGAUAAUUCAAGCGAGUCUGAUAUCAAUCCAACGAUUGGAGAAAAAAUUAUGACAUCUUGUUCUUCGAGUCACGAAGGACGUCAUGCCAUAAGUAUAAUCUUGCCGAUAAACGUUGAUCAAUUAUUUACUCUAAUGUUUACAAAUUCAAAAUUUUUCUUUGAAUUUCACACGAUGAGGCAAUCGACGGAUAUAAAUGCAUCAUCUUGGCAACAAAGUUCGGAUUCGGGUGAAAAAAUCAGAACGAUUUCCAUGGUCGUAACUGUGGGUCAAGCUUUAGCACCCAAAUCUGCUAACGUUCAACAAACUCAGGUCAUGUUACCCUGCAGUGUAUCCGGUCAAUUAUAUUCAAUCGAUGACGAAAUUGUAAAUAAUGGCAUUCCCUACGCUGAUUCAUUUUACAUAUUGAUGCAUUAUUGCCUUGAAAAAGUUAGCGAAAAGGAAACAAGUUUAAAUAUAUACGGUCAACUUAAAUACAAAAAAUCAAUAUGGGCAUUUGUUAAAAAUAUUAUUGAGAAAACAACGUGGAAUAGUUUAAAGGAUCACAAUGAAGCUUUAGUCAAAGCUCUGCUGGCAGAGUGCGAAGGUGGUGAUAAAUCGAAAGGAAGAAAAGUCAGGAGACGGCAUCGUGCAAUAUCAAAUAAUCCCGUACGUUUACCCGUGGAUCAUUUACCAUCGUCAACGAGGAGUCCAACAUUUAACAAAGGAACGCGGAAAAAAGAAGAGGGAAGAGGGAAUUUAGUUUUAGGUAUAAUAAUAGCAAUCGUAAUUAUCCUCGUCGUUUUGAACGGUCUUUUGUAUUAUAAACUUUGGCUCCUGGAAGAUUUCACUCAAAUAUCGAAACACAAUUAUUGGCACAUCGAUAUGGAGUUGCUCAAAGAGCAACAACCCAAAAACAGCGAUCAAUGGUUGGAAGUGUUGCGAAUACAAGAAAACAUAAGAAAAUUAGAAAUAGACAAAUGGCAAAAAGUGAUACACUCGACGGUGGGAUUGUUGAAAAAAGCCGAAGAAUCACUUUACGAAUUGCAAAAAGCUAUCAAAUUGCCCAAUGACGAAUUCGUAAAUAAGGAAGAAUUAUAA